AUGUAUCUGAUCACUGCUGUUUGCAUCAUGAUAAGCUUUUGGGAAGAAGUGGACAGUUUCUGUCCUUCUCAAUGCACUUGCAUUUAUCACGGCAGAAGCGAUGGCUCUGGAACAAGGUCUGUACUGUGUAAUGAUCCUGAUAUGUUUGAGAUCCCUGUCAAUGUUCCUGUGGACACCGUAAAACUACGGAUAGAAAAAACAGUGAUAAGGAAGAUCCCAACAGAAGCAUUUUACUACUUGGUGGAUCUCAAAUACCUGUGGCUCACCUACAACAGUGUAGCUAACAUUGACACGAGCAGCUUUUAUAAUUUAAAACAUCUGCAUGAGUUGCGCCUUGAUGGGAACUUGCUGUCAAGUUUCCCUUGGGAAUCUUUGGCCGAAAUGCCCAGUUUAAGAACCCUUGAUUUGCACAACAAUAAAGUGACCAGUAUUCCAGCGGAGGCUGGCAAGUAUCUGAGAAACCUCAAUUACCUGGACAUAUCCAGCAACAAAUUCACUACCUUGCCAUCAGACCUCAUGGAUAUUUGGCCUCCUUUUUCUGAAGCAGCAUCAGCCAGAAGCAUUGACUUAACAACCCAGAGGGUUGUAUUAGGUUUGCAGGAUAAUCCAUGGUAUUGUGACUGCCGAAUUUCAAAGCUCAUUGAAUUUUCCAAAAUCGUGGAUCCCACAGUCGUACUUUUGGAUCCCCUUGUGGCUUGUAGUGGGCCCGAGAGCCUGGCUGGAAUCUUGUUUCAAAAAGCAGAGCUGGAACAAUGCUUGAAGCCAUCAGUCAUGACUUCAGCCACAAAGAUUACCUCAUCUCUGGGAAGCAAUGUUCUGCUACGCUGUGAUGCAACCGGAUAUCCCACCCCACAACUUACCUGGGUUAGAUCAGACAACGUACCAGUGAACUAUACAGUUAUUCAAGAAAGUCCAGGAGAGGGUGUUAGAUGGUCCAUUAUUAGUCUAACAGGCAUUUCCUACAGGGAUGCCGGUGACUAUAGGUGUAAAGCCAAAAAUUUGGCUGGACAGUCAGAAGGUUCUGUUACUGUCACUGUUGUUGGUGUUGUCACCACAACUCUGUCUCCACAAAAGUAUGGGAAGAAGACUGAAACAGAGCCUCAAACUACAACACAGGAAGAUAUCAAACAAGAAUCCUUAAAUGCAACCACUGUUGUUCCUACAACAUCAACACUUCCCACAACUACAACCACAAUGGCUACAACUGUAGGUCUUGCCACAGAAAGAACCACUGAAAAAAAGCAACCCGAGUCUACCCCUGACGGAAGAAAGUAUUCCAAGGUAGUUACUGAUGGAAACACGAAGCAGCCAGGUGAUGUUGAUAAGAAGGAAGGUGGUGCUCCUCUCAGUGCAGUAACAGCCACUGAGCAAACUGUUGCAGUAAGAAACUUAAGAGUGAUCCCUGAAACUGAUGAAAGAGUCACCUUAACAUGGAAAACUGUCACUGCCACAACCAGCUCUGCGCUGACUGUAUUGUACUCUAAGUAUGGGGAGAAAGACAUGCUGCCACUCAGCACGGACCCUAGCAAAAAUAAAAUCACAAUAGAUGGUUUGGAGCCAGGUAUACAAUAUAUGGCCUGUGUCUGCCCCAAAGGGAUUCCACCCACCAAAGACCAGUGCAUAAUUUUCUCCACUGACAGAACUGGCCUUGAAGAUGAGUCUCAAAUUUCCAUUUUGCUGGUGGCAAGUGGUGUGGCCUGUGUGAUUAUUUUACCAUUGAUAUUUUUCUUACUAUAUAAAGUCUUAAUGCUUCACAGGAAACCAAAAUCUACCAGGGAAGCUGACCUUGCUAAAGAGACCUAUGUCAAAUUUGAAACCCUUUCCCUUAAACCGCGGUCAGUGGGGGCAAGUGGAGAACUCUGGGCUCGUAGAAAUACGGAAGAAUCAGAGAGACUCCUCCUUUGCUCUCGAUCAAGUAUGGAUUCUCAGAUGACUUUCAAAAGUGAAGGUUCAAGGUCAGAGUACUUCUGUUGA